AUGGCCGCGAAAACAGUGGAAGCUUCAUUUCCUUCAAACCUCGAGCGCACAGUAGUCUCCUCACUUCUCCUCCUCUCCAAGAGCGAGAGCGAGAGCAGCGGCAGUCCGGAAAGCCUCGGCAGCUCUGGAUUUUCCACGGUUAAGUCGACCGGCGGAUCGGCGGCGGCAGAGGCGUGCGUUGAUGAAGAAUCCGCGCCUGCACAGCUGCUUACGGUGGUCACUUUUGUCUCUGAGUCCGAUGAUUUGGAGGUCAAGAUUGUGCGAAAGAAACGUUCAGAGACUGUCUGCAUGUCACGCAGCAAGAAACCAAAGACCAGCAAAGCCGAGCUCACAUCUCCUCCCUCAUCAUCUGAGAGUGUUUCUGGAAUAACCUCUGUCGAGGCCUCCUGCUUGUCCAGCUCCUCAAGUGCCCAAAGCUUUUGCCGUCAAACUAAAUGUGAUGAUAACCGGAGGAGAUCAGUCGGUACAGGCCAUCUGGGCCGAAAGUCUACGGCCAUUCUCGGGGUUCUGUCCUAUAGGAGUGCUUCUGAGGUUGAGAUCCGUCAUUUGCUUGGCGAUACUCCUACAACAAGCAAAGCCCUGAGGAUGUUGCUGAAGUUACAAGAGGUGAAGAGAUAUGGAACUGGAGGACGUGGGGACCCUUAUAUUUACACGAUAGCUAAUUAAUUUACACCAAGGGACCAACAGUAAUAGGUUCAUUCCCAGGUUAGGAAGGAAAAUCUUGGUUCUGACAGGUUUAUUCCAAAGAACACAAGCAUCACUAUCAGUUAAUUCCAACUUUUUACUUAGUUGUUAUGUACGUACAUAUCCGUUGGUAUAGUUGCAAAUGCCAUGGUAAAAAAGGUUAAUUCACAUCAUUAUAGAAAAAGUUUCAUACGAAUUCUUGGCAGUUGCACUUAUAGUUUUGACGACAAAAAACAGUUGCACUUUAUUUAGUGUUGUG